UUUAAAGAGAAGAAAGAAGACCUAUUUGUGUUCGGCUACUCGUGCAAAUUAUUCAGGGACAACGAAAAAGCACUGCACAUUGAUCAAGGAAAGCACCUCAUUCCGUGGAUGGGGGAUGAAACGUUGAAAAUCGACAGGUUCGAACCGUUUUUUACUAUAAGACUGCUAACUGUGGCGCUAAAAAUUAUUAAAGUAAAUUAAACGGCCAGGAAAUACUAAAUUUUUAGAAGAUAUUUAAGAUUUUCGCAGAGGAUGUUUGAGGCAGCCGGUGGAAAAGACUUCGUGUGCCGGGCUGUCGCGCUGCACAUUAUGUUAUGGUGACGAACCUUGGUGGUAUGAUGCGAGGGGAGCUCUACACGACCUGUCUACAUUGGAGGCCCCCCCUGGGGGUUACGAUUGGCGCAUUGAGCUUACAAGGAAUGAGUUGGAGGUGGAACAGCUUUGCGAUGAAGAGCGAUAUAGAGCUUUGCAUACAGAUGAGGAUGAAGAGGAAAUGUACAAAGAAGAGGAGCUGAAGCGUCUCCACGCAGCUGGUUACGGCCAGGUGGGCUUCAAUUAUGAAUCAACAGCGGAGCCUGCACAGCCGCCGCAGCCCGUCGAGGUCGAUGAGCCGUUCGUGCCGACGCCUACAUUCCGAGCGCUGCUGCCAGCAGACAUGGUGCUACCAGAGUCCAUGAAGCAAAAUGCAAUAAUAGAGAAGACCGCCAAGUUCAUUGCUCUCCAAGGAGUUCAAAUGGAGAUACUAAUCAAGACGAAGCAGGGCGACAAUCCGCAGUUCAAAUUCCUCAACAAAGACUCUGUGUUGCAUCCGUACUACACAGCUCUGAUAGCAUUGGUGAAAGCUGAGAAGUGGCCAGAGAAGAAAGUGGAAGUUAUUGAAGAAAAACAUGAACCUGAAGAGUAUUUACACCCUAGUUUGGCAACAGUUAUUGAAUCUGCACCAUCAAUACCAAGCAUACACUACAAACCGUCAGCAGACUGUGAUUACACCAUGCUGAUAUCGAAAAUGCGAGGGGAGGCAACCCUAGACGAGGCAUAUACCCCGGAGUUGGCGCCGGGAGAAGUGGCGCCUCCCGGGACUGAACCGUUACCGCCUAGGUCCAACGCGGAGAUAUCUCGCGCCCCAGUCAUGUAUAACAGAGCUGGUGAUGAGAACCACCAUGUAACCUCGACGCCCGCAAAUCUACAAAUGUCACAAGAGCAGUACCGGCAGCAGUACGCGGCGUACUACCAGCAGUACAUGGCUGCGCACGCGCCGCCCGACCCGAAGAAAGAGACACCGCCAGCGCCGCUCAAGUCCACCGGCCUCAGUCUUAUGAAGAAUUAUGAUACAGAUUCGGACAGUGACGUUUCUGAUUUCGAUGAUACUUCCUCGACUGAUAGCAAGGAGCCUGCCAUAGUGAAACCUCCUGAGGACGUUCAACUAGUGAUCGACAAGAUGGCGGCGUAUGUUGCACGGAAUGGCGACGAGUUCGCCGAGAUAGUCCGGUCGAAGAAUGAUCCACGAUUCACGUUUCUAGAGCCUGACAACGUGUAUCACCCCUAUUAUAAAAGACUAAUGCAGGAGAAGAGAGGAAUAGACGUGAAUGGCAAGAGCAGGGAACGGAAGCAGAACAAAUCUUCUGCACCGGUGUCAUUCUCCAUAAAGAAGCUCAAAGAACCCGAUCCCAUAUUACCAAAACCUGCUCUCCCAUACGAAUCGAGUUCGGACGAUGACUCAGAACAACAGACGGACAAAGUUGAAGAGCCAAAGGAUGUUCCCAAGUCAGUACCACAAGUAUCCCCAAUAGUAAUACCACCACCUGUGGUAUACAAGAUAGAACCGACACAAAUUAAUGAGGUGCAGCUCGUCGCACCCAUUGAAACUGUAACACCGGUACCGAAACCGGAACCGAUUGUAGAAGUGAAAGAAAUACCAAAUGAAACAAAGCAAGAAGAAAAACCGGUACCGACUGAAUUAGUAAAUAAUACUUCUAAAGAAAUUGAUGAGGUCAAAAAAGAACCACGCCCUCCAGAAGAAAAGAAAGAAGAGAAGAAAGAGGAAAAGUACAAAGAAAGGGAACGGGCCAGUCCUAGACGAGAGAAGAAGAAGCAUAGAGAUAAAGAUAAGGAUAGAAAAAAGGAGUACCAUUCUAAAUCAACAUCAAGAGAGGAAACAAAGGACAGGAGAGUGGAUAGGAGAAGCGUGGAAAAAGAGAAGAAGAGAGAAAGGGAAAGGGAAAAAGAAAGGGAGAUCGAUAAAGAGAAAAAGAGGCAGAGAAUAAGUAAAGAGGAAUUGGAGAAUGAGAUUAUUUCCUUGGAGGACAAUUCUGAUGACCUUAUUGAUUUGACUGGAGAUCAAUCAGAUACGAAAGCUGAUUGUGAGACGGAAGGCGAGCGAGCGAAACAGCAGGAGAGAAGGCGUCGCGCCGCCGAGUUCCUAAAGAAAGUCGGCGUGGAUCCGGCCGCCGCCGCCCUGCCCACCUCUUCACUCGCUAGCGCAAUGGUGGACACAUUGGAAUCACUGCGUAAGAAGAAGGCGGACGAAGAGGACAAAAGGAGAAGGAGAGAGAAGCGGCGACACCGCGACAGACACGGUUACGAAGACGGCUCGGACAGGUUUCAUAGAAAAAGCAAGCGUAGGAAAUACAAGUCGUCGGAUGAUAAUGAGGAAUCUGAUUACGAUGGAUCUAAAAAGAAGAAGCGCAAGAAGGACAAACAACGAAGUUCCUCAAGAAGCAAAAGGAGAAAGAGUGAAACUGGCAUAGAGGAAGAACCAGCACUUAACAUAAACUUGACAAAUACUCUCAAAGAAUUAAGAACGUCAUCGCCAACCAAAGAGUUGGGGCUCCAAGACAUGGACGAUAUGACUCAGCACAGUUUAAGGUAUGAGACGUCUUCCGAUGAGGUGGAUGAUGAACAGGAAACGAGGAAUGCGAAGAAGAAGAAAGAGAAUAGGGAGUACAGUGAGGGGGAAUGGUCUAGUGACAGUGAACAGGAUUCGGCAUCAUCACCGCCUCCGAAAAAUGAUUAGGACUGAAGUAUGCUGCGCAAGAAAAGAGAUAAACAAGUGUUGUUCUCAGAGACUUUUUAUAUUCAUAUGUAAAUAAUUAAUUGUAUAUAGGCUAGAUUAGUUAAGGAAAUAAAAUGUUAAUACAGGACUGAAAA